CUGCGCAUGACUGAGGGGAGGUAGCGGAGGUCGGCUCGACGACUCACUGAGAGGGCAGGGCUUUGGCGACUUCAGGAGUUGGGGUGAUCGCCGAGUGCUGCGGAGAUGGCCGGGAGGGGGAAGCUAAUCGCAGUGAUUGGAGAUGAAGACACAGUGACUGGUUUUCUCCUGGGCGGCAUAGGGGAGCUUAACAAGAAUCGCCACCCUAAUUUCCUGGUGGUAGAAAAGGAUACAACCAUCAAUGAGAUCGAAGACACCUUCCGGCAAUUUCUAAACCGGGAUGACAUCGGAAUCAUCCUCAUCAACCAGUACAUCGCAGAGAUGGUUCGCCAUGCCCUCGAUGCCCACCAGCGCUCCAUUCCAGCUGUCCUGGAGAUCCCAUCCAAGGAGCAUCCCUAUGACGCUGCCAAGGACUCCAUCCUGCGCAGGGCCAAGGGCAUGUUCACUGCCGAAGACCUACGCUAGGGGCAGUCCCUGGCUCACCAGCCCCACCCUUACCCCUCCACUGAAGGCUGGAUGAUGCUUCUAGGCCACUGGGAGCUCUGCUGUUAAAACCCAGGCUGGUUAGGGAACAGGAAGCCUGGCCAUCUUCUCUCUCCUCUACCUCUUCCCUGUGCUGUUACAAUGUCACUAUCGAUGUUAAAUUAAAGUAAUAUUCUUUAUUCUCUCCAAA